AUGCAGCCCUCCUUCAUGUGUGGUGCAGCUCAGCGGGCGCACUCAGCAAGGUUUUGGAUCCCUGUUAUCCUGGGCUCCAUUUGCGAGCAUCUCCCCCCAUUGGCUCUAAAGGCAAACCCCAAGGUAACUUCUUGUAGAGCCGUCAGCAACCUCUCGUUAGGGACCUCGCCACCCUCCCAGCUGGGCACCAUCACCCCGGAGGACCUGGAACAACUCCUGGAGGAAGGGCUGGCCAGCUCCGAGCCCUUGAGUCUGGAGGAGAGCUCGGAGAGGUAUGAGUCCAGCUGCCUGCCGUCCACCGUUUCUGUCCCAGAGCGGGACACCCCCAAGCACUGGAAGCAGCUGGAGCACUGGGUGGCCGACCUGCACGAGGUGGUGUCGCUGCGGGGACACAAGUCCUGCUGUGAGCGUACCACGCUGAGCCUGCUGCAGGAGCUGCUGCAGGUCCACACCUGCUUGCAGCUGCAGGACUCAGAGCUGAAGAGGCUUCAGCAGGCGGCUCAGGCCCCCGAGAAGGAGGCUCUCCAGUUCCCCAGCCUGCAGAACCAGAACCAGAUGCAGGCCCUGGACAAGAGGCUGGUGGAGGUCCGGGAGGCCCUGACCCAGAUCAGGAGGAAGCAGGCACUCCAGGACUCUGAGCGGAAGGGCGCCGAGCAGGAGGCCAGCCUUAGGUUGUCUGAGCUGACCGAGAAGCUGAAGCAGGAGGAACGGGACCGGAAGGUGGCCUGUGGAGCCCUGCAGAAGAGCCAGGAGGCGGCCAGCCAGAGGGUGGACCAUGAGGUGGCCAGGAUGCAGGCCCAGAUGACCAAGCUCAGGGAGGAGAUGAGCCUCCGCUUUCUCAAGAGGGAGGCCAAGCUAUGCAGCUUCCUGCAGAAGAGCUUUCUGGCCCUGGAGAGGAGAAUGAAGGCCUCAGAGAGCGCACGGCUGCCGGCGGAGAGCGGCCUAUGGGAGGAGCUGGAGAGCCAGUGGCAGCAACUCCAGGAGCUGGACGCAGAGUGCACGUGGGCCCUGCAGGGGCAGAGGCAGCAGGAAGAGUGCCACCUCCUGGAGCAGUGUCGGGGCCUGGACAAGGCCGUGGUCCAGCUGACCGAGUUCGUGCGUCAGAACCAAGCAUCGCUGAGCCACAUCCUGCUGGCCGAGCAGAAGGCCUGGGAUGCUAAAGGGAAGUUGGAGAACAGCCGGGCUGGGGAGCUGGCUACCUACCUGCAGGAGAACCUGGAGACCAUGCAGCUGGCCAGCGAGCUGGCCCAGCAGGAGAUGUACAGUGCCCUGGAGCUGCUCUGAGAGAAGAGCCAGGCCCUGGAGGUGUCCGUGGCUGAGCUGGUCAGGCAGGUGAAGGACAUGAGUGACCACUUCCUGGCCCUGAGCUGGAGGCUGGACCUGCAGGAGCAGACGCUGAGCCUGAGGCUGUGCGAGGCACAGAGUGAGUGGGGAGUUGCAGAGCAGCGAUGGUGGGAAGGCCUGGCCCGGUGUCGAGAGGAGGCCGAGGCGCACCUACGGGCGGUGCAGCAGAGAGUGGACAGCCUGCCCCGGCAGAUAGAGGCCAUCGCCGACACGUGCAUCCUUCACAAGAGUGACUCAGACUGCAAGAUCCCUGCCGAGGCCAAAGCCAGAGAGCUCGAGGGCGAGGCCGUGAGGCAGGAGCUGGCUGCUCUGCCGUCCUCUGUGCAGCUGCUCAGAGAGGGCAACCCCGGGCGGAAGAUCGCCGAGAUCCAGGGCAAGCUGGCCACGUUUCAGAACCAAAUGAUGAAGUUGGAAAGCAGCAUCCAGUACAAGACCAUUCAGAAUCUCAAGUUUAAUACAGAAACCAAGCGGCGCACGGAGGAGAUGGCCACUCCGCUGUCAAGCGUGAUGCACCUGUGGAGCGAGGGGGGCCCCUGGGCCCUGACACUAGGCAGCAGGAGGGUCCUCAUGUCCCUGGUGAGGCAGCAGUUCUUCAUCAAGGAUGUGGCCCCUGACAAGGUGGUCCCCAUGAACCACUGGGGCAUGUAUCAGGCCGUGAGGUGGCUGCGGUGGAAGGCGGUCCUCAUGAAGCUGGCGGCCUGGCGGAGGCCAAGGGCAGUCUCGGAGAAGCCCCUCGGCUAGAAGCCCGCCCACUAGCUCUUGUCCCUGCUCCUUUCCCAGAAAUAAACAUGCCCGCCCCACGCCUGUCUGAGGCUGGAGUUCCCUCCAGGGGUUCAGGAGGCCCUGGGCAGGGGAGUGGCCAAGAGGACCUUCCCUAGACUCCCAGAACCCCUGCCCCUGUCCUGGCUGCUGAGCCCCAGACCCCACCGCUCCCCAGGGCCUCCCACCCACAGGCACUGCAGCCCGAGCCCCACCCGGAGCCAAUAGCACGUUAGCUUGGCCACUCAGACAGUGCCCCCCUUCCUGCCCCUCCAAGAAAGCCGUCACCCCCAUGGUAGCUGGCCCUGCCACCUGCGCGGGUGCCACGAGGAAGAGCCACCCUGGGGCCAGUUGGAUGGGCAGCGUGGAGGGCUGCCCUUCACCACUGACUGGAACUUUGGGGGCUGGUCUUUGAGGAAAUGUGGCUUGCCCAGAGGGGAACCCAGCGUGUAGACGCCCUGAGCCCACCGCCUCCAAGAGGCUGCAGCUCCUGCCCCAUCCUCCCUCCUGUGGGCAGAGCUCUUGGGUGGCCCCUGCCCAUUCCCUGCCCUGGCCUGGGAAGUCCCUACCUGAGCUGAUUUGUCCCCUGGUGGCUGCCCUGAUUGGAGGUCCCCAAGGGCUCCUCUCAGGACAGCAAUAAGGAGAGUCCGGGCCCUUGUUGCCCUCAGCUCACCCCCGCUGAUCCUUGCUCAAUCACUAGGCCUCGGCCAGCUGCACCCCCUCCAGGGCCUGGCCCCCCCAGCCCAGCAGCUCGGGGCCGGCCUCUGCUGACCAGCUGGCCAGCAGGUCGCUGAAGUCAGGCGUGCCGGGGUGCAGCAGACCCAGGGGGCUGGGUGCCGGCUCCUUCCAGAAGGAGGGGGGAAGCUUCCUUUGGGUCAUGGGGGUGAUGUGGCCGUACUUCUGCUCCAGCCUGAGUCGGCGGCCGGCCGCGGCCCUGGGUCCCAAGUACUGCCGCAGCCCGUAGUCGAAGAGCUCGGCCAGGGGUCCCAGCGGCUGCAGCCCUUCCCCACCGAGGCCCGGCCCGCACGCCUGCCCCUCGGGGGCCCCAGGGGAGCAGACCCCGGGCUCAGUGGCCUCAUUUUCUGGGGCCUCGCCCUGGGCCAGGCGCACAAGGUUGGCGCAGGAGAGCUCCCGGGCUGAGUUGCUGGCCGUGUGGCCAUCGGCGUAGAUGUCGCAGGCGUCGGGGUCCUGCCCCCGGUCCUUGUGGCCGAAGUACCGCUGGAUGUCGCCACUGAUGAGCUCAGAGAACCGCAGGAGCUGCAGCGGCGUCUCUGGGCCACCGGGGUCCAGAGGGGCCACUUCUGGGGCCCAAGCUGAGCUCUGGGGGGCCGGGCUGUGGCCCUCUGGCCCCUCGACCUCCAGUUCCUCUUCCCCAUCCUCCUCCUCCUCCUCCUCAGAAGAGUCUGGGGGCUCCGGGUCUGAGGGCAGGAAGGGCCCAUGGUAUGGCAGAGGCAGCCGGAAGUCACAGAGAGGCCAGAUCACACCCGCGGCCAUCUCUCUGCCGAGCUUCUGGGGGCUCUCGGGCACUGGGCGCUAGCUGGGGAGGGAGGUGGAGAGGGGACAGGUUAGCAGUCAGGGCCCGCAGCCCUCCUAGGGGAAUAGUCACUGCAGGGUUGGGGCGGGCGCUGAGCUCAGAGGCAGGUGACAUUUGGAGAGACGGAGGUGGUGGGCACUGUGGCGGGGGGGCAUGGCGGGGGGGGGCAUGGCAGGGGUGAGAUGCAGGGUGCAGGCCUCGGUCACCCGCCAGAGGAGGGUACAUCUGUAGGGAGGGUGGCUGACAGUGCUGUUGGAAUAGUGACUUGGAGAGAGAGAAGCUGGGCAGGUGGGAAGGGAGCUGGCCCAGGGGCUGGGCUUCGGGCAGGUUUGGGGUCUGGAGAGCAGAGCCCUCGCCCCAGCUCAGGGUCGCUGUAGCUCUUGAUAAACAGGCUUGUUGACGUAGAGUCUGCCCAGGUGCAGGGUGGGGAGGGACCCCCUUGACACAUUCCCUCCCUGAGUGUCUGUGGUUGGCAGGGUCCCUCUGUGCCUGAAGUGACCAUGCUGAGCCCGGGAGCCGGGCCUGGCUGCCUCGACCUGGGUGCUCUGUCCCUUGCAGUUUUGGGGGCUUCAGAGGCUUCAGGGGCUGUGAGGGUGAGCUCCGGGGAUCUUCAGGGGAGGGCAGAGCCAUUUCUCUGUCCCCACAGUCGCAGGCUUCCCUGUGCUCCCUGUCGGGGGUGGAGGGUUGGUGAGGUCACCUCUAGCAUCUCUAA